GGCCUUAUCUUCCCUGCGACGGGGCCUGGGUGCCACGUGGCGGCUGCAGCUUGGCCCCCGGCCCCCUUAUCUGCCCCAGCCCCGCGGGCCCGGCACUGCCAUGGACGGCCAGCUGCUACCUGUGCUGCUGCUGUUGCUGCUCAGGGCCUGGGGCCCACGGGGACAGGGGACAGGGCCUGGGGGUUCCUUGGAGGAGCCCCCCAAGGAGGAGGUACCCGAGGAGGUGCCCGAGGAGGACGGGAUCUUGGUGCUGAGCCAGCGCACUCUGGGCCUGGCCCUGCAGGAGCACCCCACCUUGCUGGUGGAGUUCUACGCCCCGUGGUGUGGGCCCUGCAGGGCGCUGGCCCCCGAGUACAGCAAGGCGGCUGCCCUGCUGGCGGCAGAGUCAGCCAGGGCCAGGCUGGCCAAGGUGGACGGGUCUUCGGCGCCGGAGCUGUUGGAGGAGUUUGCGGUGACAGAGUACCCCACGCUCAAGUUCUUCCGUGACGGGAACCGCAUGCACCCGGAGGAGUACACCGGCCCCCGGGAGGCCGAAGGCAUUGCUGAAUGGCUGAGGCGGCGGGUGGGGCCCAGCGCCACACGGCUGGAGGAUGAGGAGGGCGCCCAAGCACUGAUAGAGGCCCGGGACGUAGUGGUCAUUGGCUUCUUCCAGAACCUGCAGGAUGAGGAUGUGGCUACGUUCCUGACCCUGGCCCAGGAGGCCCUGGACAUGAUCUUUGGCCUCACUGACCAGCCGAAGCUCUUUCAGAAGUUUGGCCUCACCAAGGACACCGUGGUCCUCUUCAAGAAGUUUGACGAGGGGCGGGCGGACUUCCCAGUGGACGAGGAGCUGGGCCUGGACCAGGGGGAUCUGUCACGCUUCCUCCUCACGCACAGCAUGCACCUGGUCACAGAGUUCAACAGCCAGACGUCCCCUAAGAUCUUUGCGGCCAAGAUUCUCAACCAUCUGCUGCUGUUCGUCAACCAGACACUGGCCCCACACCAGGAGCUGCUGGCGGGCUUUGCGGAGGCAGCUCCCCCAUUCCGGGGGCAGGUGCUGUUUGUGGUGGUGGACGUGGGCGCCGGCAACAACCACGUGCUGCAGUACUUUGGUCUCAAGGCCGAGGAGGCACCCACCUUGCGAUUCAUCAACAUGGAGACCACCGAGAAGUACGCGCCUGAGGACGGGGGGUUGGUCACUGCAGCCUCUGUGGCCGCCUUCUGCCAUGCAGUCCUCAGCAACCAGGUCGAGCCCUAUCUCGUGAGCCAGGAGGUCCCCCCCGACUGGGACCAGCGGCCAGUCAAGACCCUUGUGGGCAAGAAUUUUGAGCAGGUGGCUUUUGACGAAACCAAGAACGUGUUUAUCAAGUUCUAUGCCCCGUGGUGCGCCCACUGCAAGAAGAUGGCCCCCGCCUGGGAGGCACUGGCAGAGAAGUACAAGGACCACGAGGACAUCAUCAUCGCUGAGCUGGACGCCACGGCCAAUGAGCUGGAGGCCUUUGCUGUGCACAGCUUCCCCACCCUCAAGUACUUUCCGGCAGGGCCGGGUGGGAAGGUGAUUGACUACAAAGGCAGCAGAGACCUGGAGACCUUCUCCAAGUUCCUGGACAGUGGGGGCCAGCUGCCUGCAGAGGAGCCCACAGAGGAGCCCACAGCUCCCUUCCCGGAGACGCCAGCCAAUUCCACCCCAGGGCCCAAAGAGGAGCUGUAGCCGCCCCACGUCCGUGAGGGGGAGCGGUGUCCUCCGGCACCUAAGGAAGCUGUGGGCCGUGAAUAAACGCCUUUGCUC